CGAACGAACGCCGCCGUUGCUCCGAGCGCUGACCAGCCUUCCCUCUGAUCGUUGUCAGCUGGCACCGGAGACGCCUCGCAGUCUCCUGAGUGCCGCCCCCACGCUCCAGCUGGAUUUGCAACAGUACCUGCGAGACCUGGAGCUCAUCAGGAUGGACUCGGCCAGGGACAACCUGAGCACCGACGACAAGGAUGAAGACAACGCCGGACCAUCUCAGCAACUUCUGACCGCGUCGCCCGCAGUUGGUCCAGCGCGUCGUCAGUCGUCGUCAGCACGUCGCCACCACAUCAGGAGCGGAGAGAUGGCCAAGCCAAACCGCGACUGCUGUCAAAAGGCGCUUAGGGAAAAUGCGCUCACCAUAUUCACCGUGCUCGGCGUGAUCGGGGGCACUGUUUUAGGCAUCAGUUUACGCGCCUCGAGAGAGGAGAAAUGGACGCCGCGAGAGAUAAUGUACGUGAGCUACAUCGGCGACCUGUUCCUGCGGAUGCUCAAGUCUUUGAUCCUGCCGCUGAUCGUGGCCUCGCUGAUCUCGGCCAUCGGCUCGCUCGACCUGAGUCUGUCGGGCCGAAUCGGCGGCCGGGCCAUCUUUUACUACCUGACCACCACCGUCUGCGCCGUGGUGCUCGGCAUCAUCCUCGUCGUCACCAUCCACCCUGGCAGGGGCGACUCCGAGUCCAUCGCCAGGGCCGGCACCUCCAGAAACGUCACCACUGCCGACACACUUAUGGAUCUCGUCAGAAACAUGUUCCCGCCCAAUUUAGUACAAGCCUGCAUCGCUCAGUACCGAACUGUUUUGAAAAUUCCCCCACCAAAUGAAAAUGGAACAACUCCAAGUUUGCACGAGUGGGAAAUCACGCAUGAGUACGCCGAGGGCACCAACAUUCUGGGUUUGGUGGUGUUUUCCACCGUCAUGGGCAUCACCCUGGGCAAAAUGGGCCCCAAGGGAGCACCCCUGUUGGCUUUCUUCAGCUCUAUGAGCCAGGCCAUGAUGAUCAUCACAGGCUGGGUUAUUUGGGUUUCUCCGAUCGGUGUGCUGUUCUUGAUCGCUGCCAAGCUGCUGGAAAUGGAGAGCUUUGAUGUGAUAGUGGGUCAGCUGGGCAUGUACUUCAUGACUGUGCUCGUGGGAAUCUUCUUCCACGGAUUUGUGGUGCUGCCCAUCAUUUACGUUGUGUUUACGCGCACCCUCCCGUUCAAGUUCAUCGGCAACAUGGCUCAGGCGCUAGCCACUGCCUUCAGUACUGCAUCAAGCUCGGCAACCCUUCCUGUGGCCAUCGCCGCUCUGGAGGACAAGAACGGGAUUGACCCUCGCGUAGCCCGAUUCGUGAUGCCCAUAGGUGCUACAAUCAACAUGGACGGCACCGCCCUGUACGAGGCCGUCGCCGCAAUUUUCAUUUCGCAGGUGCGCAGGGUGCCUCUUUCUUUGGGCAACAUCAUUGCCAUCAGCAUCACAUCGACCGCCGCCAGCAUUGGUGCCGCCGGAAUCCCGCAGGCUGGCUUGGUCACCAUGGUGAUGGUGCUGGACACCGUGGGGCUGCCCGCUGAGGACGUCACCUUGAUUAUUGCAGUCGACUGGCUUCUUGACCGGUUCCGAACAAUGAUCAACGUGUUGGGCGACUCGUUGGGCGCCGGCCUGGUGAACCACCUGAGCAAAGCCGAGCUGGAAAACUCGCCGUUGGCAGGCGACCUGGAAAAGCAGGACACCCUGAACGGAAAAUUGUCCGCUGACAGACCAAAUGAAGAGGUACAGUGCCAGACGACCUCGAUGUAGAGGGACAAUGCAAAAGCGUAGAUUUAGUGUGGUGUUCAUUUUUUUUUUUUAAACAUAGAUUAAUGUACUUUUAAGUUUGUACUUUUUUAUUGUUUGCAACUCGCGGUGAAAUGGAGUCGGGGGAAAAGUUUCUGCUGGUUAUCGACUAGACUGCAUGCGAUUUUACGACACAGAAUAAUUGUAGCUGUUAAUGGCAAACUAUCACUUUUUACAAACUUCACCCAUGGUGCGUGUUAUAUUGACGAUUAAUCUCAUAUUAAUGUCGGAGGACAAAUUUUGCACAAAAACUAUCAUAUCAGAGGACUAUGAUAUUACACUAAUUUUUGAGUGGGAUAUGCAUGAGUUAGGUUUUUUUUAGUAAAACGUGUGACUUUGUAUGAUUAAUUUUGAAAUUGUGGAUUAAAGAAUGUGAUAUUACAAUUAUUUCACAUUUAAUUUAAAAAUAAUAAAUGCAUGGAAAUCCACAACUUCUAAUGAAGUUAUAGUCUUAUUAUUGAUGUAAGCGUGUGUGAAUAGUCUAAUUUUGUAUUAAAUGUACACCGCAAUGCACUCCACAUGAUAAUCCUAAUUUCUUGAGUAAUUUUUUUGACCAAUUGAAGAAAGAAAAAAUAAAUUUGGAAAUAAUUUCUGGGUUCGUCACUUAUAAAAUUUGUAAGUGCGUUUUGGAUAAUUAAUUAACUGCUCUAAUUUUUUUUAUCUUUUUGUUCAAGAGUUUAUCCAGUAAUGUUGAAAUCAUACAAAAAAUGUCAUUAUUUAAAAUUGUGAUCAUGAAAUUCAAAUUUAUGAGGGGUCAACUAAAUUUCCGCCCUCUUUGAUGCUGCAGAGAGCAGAUUAAAAAAAACCAUAUUCUCAAUUUCAAUCACAUUUUUUUUUUUAAAUUCCAGAUUAAUAAUCAUUACUGGAGAGGCCAUUACACUUAUUGUUUGUAUUUUUGAGAAAAGAAAUCGGAUUUUUGUGCUGAGUAUCUUGCAUUUGUUUACAAUUUAAAACCAACUAAUUAAUUAUUGGUGAAUUUGGUCUGCUUGCAGUGUGCGUCUGUCUAAGCGGGUGUGCGCCUCUUAAUUAACAAUUCACGUUGACGUAAUAAAAUGGUUAAGAUGCAUUCAACCAACUAACCCGCAAAACCGCAAUGCAUUUAACCGUCAACAUCUUCGUCUUGGUUUUUCUAGUGCCGCUGAUGAGAGAACGAUGCGAGGGUGAGAUAGAGUGAAGGUGUUGCAUUCCACAAGAAUUAGGAUUCACAAGUCGCCUAGCUCUGUCUUGGCACAUUAUAUCAUCUUGGUCUUAAUAUCACACACGUAACUCGCUGUUAAAUUGUUGAUUAUAUAAAAAAAAACGCAGUCUUAUCGAUUUUAACAAAAAUGAAAUUGUCAAGAAAUUUCAUGGAAUUGUUGUUUUGGUUUUAACUUAAAAAAAAAACGCACAUAAACUAACUCAAAUUGAAAAAUGACAAUAAUUUUACCCUAGUUAACAUCUAAGGUAAUCUAUUACUAAAGUAAGUGAAAAAAUUGUAUAUGCUCUUAAUCGAUAUAAAACAACUCACAACAUUCACACACCUGUCUAUUCACUUUCUUUUCCGGAAGGCUAUACAAAAUGUGAGUCAAAGUAUAAGUAAUAAAUCUGUAAUAAGAAAAGUACAUUGAUAUAGUUAGGGUGAUCACAGUGCAUAUUAGCUGGUAAUUCUCUUUUUGCGAUCAACACUCUUACGAAGUAAGUUUGUGAAUGUAUUUAUUGCUGAUGUUCAGUAUUUGAUCAUAAUUCUCUGUGACAAUAUUCGCGAGUUAUUAUAUACAUAAUAAGAUUUACUGUUGACAGCAAGAAGAUGACAAAAAAAACUUCAUACAAAGUAUAUCACGAUCUGUGUUGAUGUUAAAAGUUAAAAAAAUUAUUAUAUAACAGAAAAAAUAAAUAAAAUGUCUGGCACAUUUGUUGAAUUGAAUGGUUAAGAAAAAAAAAUAUGAUAAUUGUUCAAUUAUUUUCAACAAAGGAAAUGUCUAUUUUUAAGCUGGAAUUGAAUUAAACAAAAAACUACGUCUAUACCCUUAGCGAAAAAAAUGUAAAAUUGGUCAGGUAAAAAAAAACUUAAUGUCUAACGCGGGACUCAAUUUUACCAAAACUCUAAUCUAUACUGUGCAAUCUGACCGUUUGAACAGGACAGGGAUAUUAUUUAGUUAGAUUUUAAAGCGAGUUUUUUCAAAAGAACAUGUCUUUGAGCUUUGAGGAGAUCAAAAUUUACGAUGUUAUACGGAGCAAUUUUUAAUGUAUCAUGCAUAUUAGCAAAAAACAAAUACACAAUUCUCGAUAAAAAUUUGGAGAAGGGAAUUUUUCGGCUAUUUGAGUUUUUGCUCCAGCCAAGUGUUCAAAAUUGUUAGAGUAAAAAGUAUUUUCCCACACCACUGCUACAUGUGAUUUUUAAAGGAGAAGAUUUUCAAAAAGUUUCAAAUUUUUGUCACAUUUUUUGUGAAGCAGCAACUCGUCAAAAAUCCAAAAGCAGCAGCUGCCUUUACACGCGUUUAUAAAAAAACAGGUCCAAUUUUGAAUUUGAAAGAAUAUCGCAGUGUUCAAUUUCAGAUUUACACACCAGUAUUACAUUAAAGUAAAGACAAUAUGAAAAAGCGAGUAGCUUAAAUUUUAAUUUUAUUAUUAAUUAGAUUUUUUAUCAAUAGCUAGAGGUUGGGUAAAAAUUUUGAAUUCGUUUUAGAUUUUUUUUUAAAACUUCAUCAAAAGUGUUUCAAACGCCUUGAACCGUUUAGGCUUGUAUUUAUUUUUCUUUAAAAACCAAAUAAAUUUUUUUGGAAACUAAUUCCAUUAUUGCAAAAAGCCGUGUGCAAUUUUACUCGUAAGCGAGUUUUGUAGUGUACGUAUGAGUAAUUGUUAAUUAAUAACAAGUUAAAAGGCAUUUCUCUUGUGUAGUUUUAGGAAUUUGACGUGGCCCAAGAGUUAAAAAUUGAACCGAUUUGUAUUGUAUCGCGUAAAAUGCACCCAGAACACAAAUUUUCGGGAUGAAUGAAAUAUAAAGGUAACCUCUGCACGCACCAAUUAAAUUAUGAAAUAAUUAUAAUAUAUUAACUGAGGUGAAAAAAAUAAGCAGUUGACGAAGAAGUGAAUCACAUUUAAUGCAAAAAAAAAAAAACAAUUUGUA